AUGUCUGACAACGAGGAAGCCGCCUUGCCUGCGCCAACACUCACGAACCAUGAGCCGGACGAUACGAUACGAAUCAUGCUCGCGACGGACAACCAUAUUGGGUACCUCGAACGUGAUCCUAUUCGCGGGCAAGAUUCCAUCAAUACAUUCAAGGAGAUCCUUCAGCUGGCUAGGAAACACGAUGUCGAUAUGAUCCUAUUAGGCGGCGACCUUUUCCACGAGAACAGGCCAUCACGCGACUGUCUAUACCAAGUAAUGGGUUUGCUACGCGAAUACACAUUGGGAACGAAGCCUGUGCAGUUGGAACUCCUCAGUAGUCCCGACGAGGGCAAACCUACGAGCUACAACUUGCCCGGCAUCAACUAUGAGGACGAGAACUUGAAUGUCGCCAUUCCAGUAUUCUCCAUACAUGGCAAUCAUGAUGAUCCGCAAGGCGCAGGGCCGGAAGGUGCCCUGUGCGCUCUCGACAUGCUGUCCGUCGCCGGCCUCGUGAACUACAUAGGCAAACUCGACCUUUCUCUUCAUUCCACACCGCAAGGCACGCACGAAGGCAUAACCGUCCGACCUGUCCUCCUCCGCAAAGGCGAUACCAAGCUCGGUCUCUACGGCGUCGGUAACGUCAAAGAUGCACGGAUGCACUACGAGCUGCGGUCCAAUCGUGUGCGGAUGUACAUGCCGCGCGACAAGAACGAGUGGUUCAACUUGAUGGUCGUGCACCAGAACCGCGUGAAGCAUGGACCGCAGGAGUUCGUUCCGGAGGGCCUGUUCGACGAUAACGUCGACCUUGUCAUAUGGGGCCACGAGCAUGACUGUCGCAUCAUCCCCGAACCCGUCGCGGGCAAACGGUACUUCAUCUCGCAACCCGGGUCUAGCGUCGCGACUAGCUUGGCCGAAGGCGAGAGCAAAGAGAAACACGUCGCGCUUCUCCAGAUCCAGGGCAAGGAGUUCCAAAUGACGCCUCUCCCACUACGCUCCGUCCGCCCCUUCGUGAUGUCGGAAGUAUCCCUAUAUGAAGUUGCCGAGGAGGAGAACUUCGACGUAGCGGACCAAGAUGCGAUCUCCAAGUACCUCAAAACGCGCGUAAACGAGCUCAUAGCACAAGCGGAUGACGAGUGGGAUGCGCGGAAUGCGGCUGCGACAGCCGAUGGCUUACCCCAGCUUGACCGCAUGCUCCCACUCAUACGGUUGAAGGUCGACACGACGGGCGUCCCGGGCAUGACGAACCCCAUUCGCUUCGGCCAGGAGUUCUCAGGACGUGUGGCGAACCCUCGCGACGUACUAGUCUUCCACCGUGCGAAGCAGGCCGCCGCACGACGCGUUGCAGCAGAUGCGCCCAUUGAUGUCGACGACGACGAUGCGGAUAUGGACCCCGAAGACCGUAAACGUGCUGCGGAACGCGUCCGUGUGCAUGUCCUUGUACAGAAACAUCUUCGCGGACAGGAGCUGCAGUUACUGGGCGAGGGCGGGCUCGCGGACGCGAUCCAGAAAUUCGUGGAGAAGGACGAUAUACAUGCGAUCCAGACACAUGUUCAGCAAUACCUGACGGGGUUGAUGAAGGGGGUGAAGGUGCAUGGGGAGAUACCUGAAGAGGAGGUGGAGGAUGUUCUGGAGAAGGUACGCGACGAGCGUGCGAAAAAGUAUAAGGAGGAAGAAGAGACCGGUAAAAAGGCUGCUAAGAAGGGCAAGGGCAAAGCUCGCGCUCAAGAAUCCGACGCAGAAUCGGCAGAUUCCAUGGCUAUGGAUGUCGACUUCGGCGGCGCCGGCUCCGAGUUCGCAGAAGAUAGCGAGCCCGUUCCUCCACCGAAGAAGACGACACGGACGACGAAGGCGGCGGCUACCAAGAAGGCUGCACCGGCAAAGAAGCCUGCUGCUCGAGGGAAAAAGAAGGCGGUCUCGGAGAGCGAGGAAGAGAUUGAGUUGCCUCCGGAUGAGGAUGACGAGGAAGAUGAUGAGCCGCCGCCGCCUAAGAAGCGGACGAACCGCGCAGCGACCCUAAGUCAACCUGCGAAGAAAGCGCCCGCGAAGAAGGCUCCGGCAAAGAAGGCAGGCGCGAGUGGUAUGCAGAGUCAACUGGCUUUCGCACCCACAGGAGCCCGCGCGACCCGUACGGCAGCAGGUCGCUCAAGGAAGAAGACAGCUGAAGUAAUUGACCUCGACGACAGCGAUGACUAG